CCAACCCUACUAAUCUCACUCGCUCCCCUCUCUUGCAACUUCAAAAUCCAUUCCUAAACACUUGAUUUUGAUUUUGACUAUACUUGUUUGUGAAGCAGAAAAACAAAGAAAGAUAUCCUAGCAGCAUAACACUCAGCAAUGAACAUGACCAUCACAAACUCUUGUCCUCUGAUAAUCUUCCUAUGCUUCAUGAUGCCCCUUUUUGUAUUUUGUGACGAGGGAACGCAUUCAGGACCAUCGACCCAGAGUUUGCAUUCUUCUCAUGAAGACAAAAACGGGUCCAUAACAGUGUCAAUGAAAGUAGAACAUGCACAUUCUGCCUCUAGAAAAUUUUGGUUGCAUGGUACUUGCACUAGCAAAGACAUAAGCAUCUCACAAAGCCAAACUUCUACACCAGGAAUCCCACAGUUCAUAGUGCAAAUUGUUAACAAUUGUGUUUCUGGAUGUGCUCCUAGUGACAUCCACCUCCACUGUGGCAUGUUUGCUUCUGCAAGAAUGGUGAACCCAAGAUUGUUCAAGAGGAUCUCCUAUGAUGAUUGCUUAGUGAAUGGAGGGAACCCUUUAGCCCCUAGCCAGAUCAUCAGAUUCACAUAUUCCAAUACCUUCUCCUACCCUCUUGCUUUUAAGUCUGCCAAAUUUUGCUGAGUAUUCCAAAAUAUACAAAUAUUCAAAAGUAGAAUAAAAAAGCUAGCACAGCCUUACUAGUUACUAUACUAUAUAUACCAUGCCUCAGAGAAUCCAAUCUCUCAUCAAAAGGGAAUUUCUCCUUUCCAUUGGAAAUGUUGGAAUUUUCAAGUUAAUAAAAUGUUUCCGUGGUUGUAGCUGCA